AUGGAGUCGAUAGAUGUGGCAGAACCGGAGGGCCCUCAGCCGCCCAAACUCGGGCUCAAGCUCACGAGUACUGGGUUGGCCUUCUUCGUGGCUGGUAUCAAUGAUGGAAGCUUGGGACCGUUAAUUCCCCGAAUCCGUGAGGCGUGGCACAUUUCUGAGGAUAAAGUCGCUAUCCUAUAUGCCGCGACCUUCUGCGGCUGGCUUGUGACCGCGCUCACCAACAGCUUUCUGUCGCAAUACCUUGAUCUCGGUAUUUUCCUCACGAUUGGGGCAGUCCUACAGAUAUUAUCCCAGCUUCUCAGGGCCUGGGUUCCUCCGCUUCCCCUCUUCGCCAUCACUUUCUUCCUCGCGAGUCUCGGCCAGGCAUUCCAGGACACGCACGCUAAUACAUUCGUCGCAUCUAUCAAGACGAGCCAUCGUGGGCUGGCAUUUAUUCAUGCCAUGUAUAUGGCAGGCUGUCUCGUAUCGCCUUUUGUCGCGACAGCAAUAUCUUCCGCUGGCCCAUUCAGUCAAUGGAAUCUCUUUUAUAUCCUGCCACUCGGACUUGGAGUCGCCAACUUGGCCCUUGCCCUGUAUGCAUUCCGCGACGUACUCGGGUUCAAGCGCGUGUCUGGGGAAACCGAGCAAGACGUACAAUCACGGACCCGGAACGCCGUAGAAAACAUGCAGAAGAUCAUGGCCUCACCUAGUGUGUGGGUCUUGAGUUUGUAUUUCUUUUUCUUUCUCGGUGCGGUUAUCACCGCUGGCAGCUGGACUGUGGAAUAUCUGAUUCAAGUCCGUGGCGGCGACCCCGAUAACAUGGGCUAUGUUGCCGCGGGACUUUCUGGGGGAGGCUUACUGGGACGUUUGAUAUUAGCCGAGCCCACCUAUCGCUUUGGGGAGCGUCGAAUGAUUCUCCUCUAUGUGCUCCUCUGUCUUGCCCUGGAGCUCGUUUUCUGGCUAGUCCCUCACAUUAUCACUGCCGCCGUUGCGAUCAGUCUUUUUGGUUUCUUUUCCGGCCCAUUCCUUGCCAGGGGCGUGUCUGUAGCCUUUAAACUCAUUGCAGCCGAUAUCCGAUCAUCUGCUCUCGCCUUCAUUUUUGUCCUUGGCCAGGUUGGAGGGUCUCUCUUCCCGGCCAUUACAGGAAGUAUUGCAUCGCACAGUGGAGUUGCAGUCCUCCAACCUAUGCUUGUUGGAUUGCUGGGAGUUACCGGGGUGACGUGGUUCCUACUGCCCAAAACUACAGCCCAUGAGGAUUAG